AUGAGCAAUUCGCCAAUCUUCAUGCUGUCACUAAUGGCUGGGCUGGAGAUGCUCAGCUCGGUGCUGAAAUGUUCCUAUUCAACUUUGACUCGCAAGAGUUCCUUGCGAAGUACACUCAAGAUCUUCUUGACACGCUUCCCGUCGGUCGUCCUGGUCCUCCCGGAGUCAUCGCACCCUCCGGUGGUUGGGGUGCAGACAAUCAAGCGGACCCGUGGCAUGCCGCCUUUAUCUUCAUACCCGCCUGGAUAUAUUCGUAACGUGGGGAUAGGGAUACGAGAAUCCUUUCCGACAACUAUGCCCUCGGAGUCCUAUAUCGAAUUCGAGCUUGGUCGCUCGCUUAAUAAUAUUGCCAACACCGGUCUCGAUGACUGGGUUGUGCCAGAAAGCUCGCCGUUCGGCGGCAAUCCGACUGAAGAUUCACGGGUGUCAGCGACUGCAUACUUAUAUCGUAUGCUCGAUAUUAUGGCUGGGAUCGCACGGACGCUGGGGAAGACUGAUGAUGCAAACCUAUUCGCUUCGCAGGCUGCCGGCGUCAAAACCGCAUUCAACAAUGCUUUCUGGGCGAAUGACCAUUACGCUGGCGUUGGCGACAACAGUUAUCGCCAAACACACAAUCUUCUAGCGCUUGCCUUCAACGUGAUAACGAGUCCCAGUAAUGCCCAGGCGGUCGCAGACAGCGUCGCUGCCGACGUCAACUCGCGCGGAGGCCAUCUCAACACUGGUGCUCUCGGUACCAAGCACAUCCUGCCCAUGUUGACGGCCCAUGGUCAUUCUGAUGUUGCGGCGGGCCUGAUCAAGCAGACGACCUACCCGAGCUUGGGAUUCUGGAUCCAGAAUGGCGCCACGACUUGCUGGGAGCACUGGGCAGUCGAGGCGCGCUCGCACGAUCACUUCUUCCUCGGCACCUAUGAUGACCGGUCCUACCAGUCUGUCCUGGGAAUUCAAACCACCAGCACGGCGUACAAGACAGUCAGCGUUGCUCCUGCGUUCACCGCCGCCAUUCCCAGCGCGAGUGGCUGGGUUAUGACGCCUUACGGAAAACUCUCGGUGUCGUACAACAUCAAGGGCCAGUCCUUGUCGAUGCAAAUUGUCGUCCCUGUUGGCGUAAGCACAUUGACAGUGUCAGGGGACAAGGUGCAGGUCGGCUCUGGGUCGUAUUCGUUUGUAGCACAGUAG